AUGAGGGGCCGUAGAAACUCACAUUCGAUGCCUGAUCUCGAUCUAGGCUCGGUUGUUGAAGCUUGUUGUGAGGAACCGGCUUUUGCGCCCUCAUCUUGCCCGAUCGAUCAAAAGAAAGAAUCAGACGCGAGGAACAAGCGCAAACGACAAACGCACGCCUUCAGCGACUCAUCUGUCGAGCGAAGGGAAAAGAAAUCGAAGGCGGCAGCAGGUGGCUCGGUGGAGGAGGCCAAUCGUAAAGAGGAGGACCGACAAAAGGGACUUCGGUCCCCAUCUUCGUCAUCAUCAGACCGGAGAUGUGACUGGCAAACGAAGGCAGCCAAGGGAUUGAGAUACGAAGCAGAAAAACGGGCGGCGAUAGCAGCUCCGGUGGUGGGGUGUUUGACUCUUCGUUUGACAGGAAAUCUCCACUUCUGGUGGAGGUUUGGGUUGAUUCAAUUGACAGGUAAGUGCACAAGAAAGAACCAAGAGGUUGUUGCCCUCUUUGGUCUCGAUGUAACAGCCAACCACUUCGGUGGUACCUUGGCAGAAAUUUGUGAAGAAGAAAAGGGUAAGAAGAAGCAAUUUUGGAUCAGUGAUUUCAUUAUUGUUUUACAAUUUCAAUCGACAGGGAGAAAAGAAACGGAAAGAGGUUGUUGCCACCUUGAUGUUCACCGGAAAUGGUAA